AGGUAAUAGUUAUGUCCCAAGGUGGUAUGUUGUCCAUUAAGCAGCGUUUCCUUGUCUUUUCUUGCAGGUGGGAGUAUAACGUUUUAGGGUAUGUUAUGUGUCUUGCAGUAUCUGGACAGAUUAGAACAUUUACAAUUGAGGAUCAUGUAAAUGUGCUGUGACUGGAGUCCCUUAUAAGAAAAUAAGAACAUUCAGCCCAUUAAUGCUCGUCCAGUUCCUAGCAGCUGAUUGAUCUCAAAGUCUUAAAGGAUCCAAGUAAUUCAGCAUGAACAGCGUGGCUUGGGGACCCAUUCCAUUCCCUCAGCCCUGUGUAAAGAAGGGUCUCCUACCCUCUGUCCAGUCACUUUGUCUUAAAGGAUCCCAGUGAUUCAGCAUGAACAGCAUGGCUUGGGGACCCAUUCCAUCCCCUCAGCCCUCUGUGUGUAAAGAAAGGUCUUUGUCCCAAAGUUCAGAUGUUGUAGAAGUGAGACUCAGUUCAUGUGGGCGAGUGUAACCCUUCCUCUUCUGCUCCUCACUUCCUGUCUCUGGUCUGCACUGUGCUCGGUACAACUGAGCUGCAGAGUGUUUCCACAGAGGAGAUUUCCUGGACAGCUUCAGUACAGUGUGCCUGAAUGAAUCUUGACUAGAAGCAGAGCCAGCAUCCUCACACUUCCAGUAAUUGAAGUCCACUGCAUCAUCUGUGAAUUACUAGCAGAAAACUGACUCGAAAAAUGUCAACUUUUGAAAAUGAACCUUGCAACAGAACCACUGCUGACUUCCAGUACUAUCUUUUCCCUGUGGUUUACAGCGUGGUGUUUGUGUUGGGAAUGAUUGGCAAUUUGGGAGCUCUUUAUGUCUUCAUUUGCAAGGUGACAAACCACAGCUCUUCAAAUGUGUACAUUAUCAAUCUGGCUGUGGUGGACACUAUAUUUCUGUGCACCCUGCCUUGCAGGAUUCAUUACCACCUCAACCACAACAACUGGAUAUUCGGAGACUUGGCCUGCAGGAUCACUGGGACUCUGUACUUCACUAAUAUCUAUAUCAGCAUCACCUUCCUUACAUGUAUUUGCAUUGACCGCUACAUUGCUGUGGUGCAUCCCCAUACCUACCUGAGGAUCAAAAACACGAGCCUCACAUUAAUGGUUAGUGUGUGCGUCUGGGCUGUGGCAGUGAGUAUAAUGUUGCCUUUGCUGCUUGGUGGUCCACUGGACAGCACAUCCGACGGUAACACCACCAGGUGCUUUGAGAACUUCUCAUUUGAGGACUGGACUCACCGGAUGCAAGCUUACAACAUAUGCGCUCUGCUGUUUGGCUCUGCGAUCCCUUUGAGCAUCACCAUGAUAUGCUACCCGCUGAUUCUCAAACGCAUCUCCAAGAUCCCAACCCCCAGCAGCAGACGGGCCCUCAGCAUCAUCUAUCUGAUUCUCGCCAUCUCUGUCACCUGCUUCCUCCCAUACAGCAUCACCCAUCUUCUCUACUACCUGUCCAGGCUUCGUAUCAUCACCAACUGCUCUUUCCUUCAUGGGAUAUACAAGAUGCGGAGAGUCACCAUGGCUAUUGUCAGCUGUAACAGCUGUCUGGAUCCUGUGCUCUAUUAUUUCGCAACCACGAAAUUCAAGUGGAGUUUCCUGAAGUGUCUCAAACCAAAGAGAACAAAAAGAGUCUACACCAUUUACACAGCUAAAUAAAUAUUUGGAGUGAUUGUCAACUGAAAAUGAAGAUGUUUACACAGGAACAUACAGGGAGCUCUGUGUUUAUUUCACUCAUGAGGAAUAAACAACAAGCUGCUUUCUCUAUUGCCUGACAUGCUUUUCAGCCAGUAACAUGCUUUUAGGCAGAAGACACUGCUGAGGUGAAAUGGAGGUUAAAGAGUAGCAGAUCAGUGUACCUGCAAUGAAGGCAUCAAGCUGAUACAUUUCCUGUACUAAAAGGAAAGGUUUGUGAGACCUGCACAACGAAUGAAAGGUUUAAUUGGCUGGAACCAUUUCAAAGGUACAUUGUAGCUCAAUUAGUGUCAGGCUAAAUUUUUGUAGUUUCAAACAUAUUCUUGUGAUAAAAAAUACAAAUAAAACC